CUACAAAUAUUGGCCCAACCUCAGCAUACUUGAUCACUUCAUCUCUCUCGAGCCUUUCUCCAAAUCUCUUACCAACUCAACUUCUCACAGCUCACUCGUUUUUCAUCAAUGGCCGACUCUAUUCUCUUCAACCUUGCUGGAACCCUUAUAAAUAAAUUGGGCWCUUACGUCCACCAAGAGCUUGGAUUGCUCUUGGGUGUCAAUGGUGAGCUUGACAAACUCAAAGGCACUGUUUCUGCCAUUGWAAAGGUGCUUCUCGAUGCAGAGGAGCGGUCGUCCAAGAGCCAUGCACUGGAGGACUGGCUUUCAAAGCUUAAGGGUGUCUUCUACGAGAUUGAUGACCUGAUUGACGAGUUCAAUUAUGAAGCUUUGAGGAGACAAGUUAUGACGAGAAAUAGAAGAAAAACCAAACAGGUCCGUAUUUUCUUCUCCAAAUCUAAUCAGAUUGCAUUUAGUCACAAAAUGGGUGGCAAAAUCAAGGAAAUCAGGGAGAAGCUAAAAGUUAUUAACGAUGAYAAAACUCAAUUUAAGCUCUCUGAGUGUGUCAUAAAUAAGUCAGAUGUUGAUAUCUUGAGAAACACACGUGACCCUGGCGAUUAUAUACCUGAAGAGGAAGUGAUUGGUAGAAAUUAUGAGAAGAAAGAAAUCAUUGAUCUGCUAUUAAAUUCCAACGCUAGAGAAGAUAUUGCAGUUGUUGCUAUAGUUGGAAUGGGAGGAUUAGGAAAGACUACCAUUGCUCAAUCGGUCUACAGCGAUAAGAUGAUGACAAAACAUUUUGAAUUGAGGUUAUGGGUGUGUAUUUCCGAAGAAUUUGAGGUAAAAGUUAUCAUCCAAAAUAUAAUAGAGUAUGCAACUAGGAGGAAAGAGUCAUUCCCUCAAAUGGCUCUCUUGCAAACUGAACUUAGAAAGUUAGUGGAUGGAAAGAAAUAUUUGCUCGUCAUGGAUGAUGUGUGGAAUGAGGAUCAUGAGAAAUGGAAUACUUUGAAAAGAUUGCUAAUGGGUGGUGCGAAGGGGAGUAGGAUUUUGAUCACAACACGUACCCACCAAGUUGCAAAUACUUUUGACUCAACUUCAUUSUAUUCUUUGGAAGAACUGAAUGACAAAAACUCUUGGUUAUUGUUUGAGAAAAUGGCAUUUGGAGGCGAGGGAGCAGAAAAAGAUCCUGAGAAUUCAAAGUUGGUUGAAAUUGGUAAGGAGAUUGUGACAAAGUUAAAAGGUAUUCCUCUCGCCAUAAGAACUGURGGGCGACUUUUAUAUUAUAAAAAGUCAACAGAAUUUUGGUCGUCUUUCAAGGAUAAAAAACUUUACCAAAUUAUAGAACAAGGAAGUCUAAAGGAUAUGCUAUCAAUACUUAUGCUCAGUUAUAACCACCUCCCUUAUAAUUUGAAGCAAUGUUUUCUAUAUUGUGCUAUGUUCCCCAAAGAUUAUGAGAUUCAAAAAAAUGAAGUAAUAAUGCAAUGGAUAGCACAAAGUUUCAUUCACCCAAAUGACAAAUAUAAGUUCAUUGAUAUUGGUGAGGAAUAUUUUAUGGAGCUAUUAUCAAGGUCAUUCUUUCAAGACGUCACAAAAAAUGAUUUGGGAGACAUAAUUACAUGUAAGAUGCAUGACUUGAUGCAUGAUCUUGCUUGUUCGAUAGUAGAAAAUGAAUGUGUCCAUGAUGUGAAUGCUCGCACGCUCAGCAAAAGAACUCAUCAUGUUUCAUUUGACUUAAUGUCAUGGGAAGAAUUGGAAAGACUUCCGGAAACAUUAUCUGAGGCAAAGAAUUUACGGACAUGUUUUUUCCAUUAUAAUCAAAGAAGAACAGAUAACAAUUUCAAUGAAAUCUUUGAAAGUGUCUUUUAUAAUCUUCUGAGAUUAAGGACGUUGGACUUGCAGUUGCUCAGUUUUGAUAAACAAAAUGUAAAGUUUCUUAAAUGUAUUAGCAAGUUGAAACAUUUGAGAUAUCUAGAAAUUCAGAUGUAUACAAAAACUGAAUUUUUUAUGAAUCAUAUUACUGGGUUGUACAAUUUGGAAGUAUUUAUCCUCCGAUGUACAAGGUUAAAAGAAUUGCCGAGAGAUAUCAAAAAUUGGAACGAACUUAAGCAUGUUUAUCUUUAUAAGAAUGAGAUUAUAGAAUUCCUUCCGAAUUCUUUUGCUGAGUUGAAUAAUUUGGAAACACUUGUCCUUCAUCAAUGCACAAAAUUAAAAGAAUUAUUGGGAGAUGUCAGAAAUUGGAUUAAUCUUAGGUAUCUUGAUCUUUCAAGUAGUGGUGUAGAAUUCCUUCCGGAUUCUAUUACUCAAUUAAAAAAUUUGGAAACACUUCUCCUUCGUUUUUGUUCAAAAUUACAAGAAUUACCGAGAGAUACUAAAAACUUGAUCAACCUCAAGCAUGUUGAUUUGUAUGGAUGUUGGGCUUUGACUCAUAUGCCUAAAGGAYUAGGUGAGCUGACUGAUCUUCAAAUAUUGAAUUUUUUUGUAUUAGAAAAAGAUAACAAUGGUGGUGGAUUAAGCGAGUUGAAUGAACUUAACAAGUUGAGGGGAUCCUUAACUAUCAACCGAUUGAAUUUUUGUACAACUUCUGAUCUACCAACAAAUGCUAAGUUCUUGCUGCUGAAGUCGAGUCUUCAAGAGUUGGUGUUAGAGUGGGAGUGGGACAACGAUUCAGUUAAUGAGCCUACAAUUGGUGACUUGGACGAUGACUGCGAAAGUGUUUUAGAAUGCUUACAUCCACAUUCAAAUCUUCGAAACUUAUGUAUAGAUAAAUACAGAGGAGUGAAGUUAUGUAAUUGGGUAUCAUCCAAUUUCCUUGGUUGUUUGGUUACGAUAAAGCUUUCAGGUUGCAAAAGAUUGCAGCAUCUCCCUCAAUUUGAUCAGUUUCCCAAUCUCAAGCGUCUUUCUCUUAGAGAAUUAUCCGGUAUUGAGUAUAUUUUCAACGAUGAUUAUCGUUGUUCAUCAACUUUGUUUCCAUCCCUCGAGGAAUUAAGCAUUUUUUGCAUGCCUAACUUGAAGAGAUGGUGGAAGAAGGGUCAAACCUCAAAAGCAACCUCCUCUCAAAAUGUCUUGUUUCCAAUAAUAUUUCCUUGCCUUUCUAAAUUAGAAAUUUGGGGUUGUCCUCUGCUUGCUUCAAUUACAUGUCAUGCACCUCCAAAGUCAUUGGAAAUGAAUGAUCCAAUCGAAUUUCAUUUUGAUCCGGAUGAAUCAGAUGUUGUAUCAUGGAAAUGUUUUGAAAGUCUCUCAUAUCUACGGCUUACCCACAUUGACGAAUGGGGUUUUUUGUCCAAUUGGUUGCAACAUGUGACAACUCUUCAAGAGCUCACUCUAGAAUACUGUCAAAAUUUAACAAAUCUACCAGAAUCGAUCAGCAACUUCACAUCACUCUCAAAAUUGGAGAUUCUGAAAUGUACAGAUUUAAUGAGUCUACCAGAAUCAAUUGGCAAUCUUACUUCACUUACAGAAUUGACUAUUGAUUUUUGUCCAAGCCUAACUUCAUUGCCGGAAGGGAUUCGCCACCUUCACUGUUUACAAUCAUUGACAACUUGGGACUGUCCCAUUUUGGAGAAAAUGUACAAGAAAGAAACAGGAGAAGAUUGGCUUAAAAUUGCACAUAUCCGCCAAGUAAACCAUUGGGAAAGCCCUACAUAAUCCUCAACAGAGGAGAGGAAGAAGCCAAUAAUUGAAGGUAUCCAUACUUCAAAAAGUCAUUUGCUGCCUUUCUUUAGCCUGUGUUUUCCAACUCUGUAAGUUUAUUUCCAUUCCAUUUUCGUUUUAGGUUGAGAUUUUCUUCAUAUUAAUUCUUGAGCAGCUUUAUAAAGUUUAUACACAAAGAAAUCAGAAUUAAUUUCAAUAUUUCUUUGGCUGAUUUCAUGAGCAGAAGCCUAGCCAAAACUUGAAAACAUAGUUUUUGAAUCUGAUAAUAGACAAUCACACAUAAUGACAUGAGUGAAUGAGACCAUGGUUUGGUGCCCAAUUUUAAGGGAUUUUUCUAUUUUCUCCUGUGUGUAAUAUUGUCAAAGUGUCAAUAUGCUUUAUCUUGAUAUAUAUAUCUAUUAUGUGUAUCUCCUAGCUCUGAUUAGAGAAAAUUUUGUGUGUCUGUUAUUGUUGAUAGUGAAGAUUUUGACUACGGUCACGUGGUUUUUUACUCCUCGAUUUGGGGAGGUUUUUCCACGUUAAUAUCGUUGGUGUUAUAUUGUUUUUUGCUUGCUUAUUCCCAGUAAAGGAGAUAAUUGAUUAGUAGUAGUCAAAUUUGUUUAACCCAUCAAUGAGGUCGAAUGAAUGGUUGGAGAAGCCAUGUUUGGUUGCCAGCUUGUACCUUGGCUCUGCCUCCCCCUUCAGAAAUUUUGUUGGUUUCUCCAAGAUUUCAAUUCUGCCACUAAUGGAGAGCAAGCAUUUACCAUAAGAACAAGAAGGGAAGCCAAUCUUUGGAUGAAAAGCUUACUCAUAUCCAAAUAGGGUCCUUGUCUUUAGAAGCAACCCGUCAUCCAAAUAGAGUUCUUGCUAGAGUUUAGUAGUGAAAACCAAGUCAAAAGCCAAGAUUUUUUCAUAAGUUAUUCAUCUGAGCAAUCAUGGUACGUAACUCAUAAAUUUUGUAUCAAAAUCAUAGCUGGAACUUGGUUGUAGUUUGAAUUUCAAUUAGGUGAAAACUCGGCUGAAUCCAAAUAGAUUAUAUGAUUUUUUGAUAUGUAUAUGUAGUAGGUUUAGCUUUUUCUUUUUCAAAGUUAGACUUUUUUUUCUCUUUUUGCUAUAAUUGCUCUGUAAUUUUUUAAUAGGAUAAUGGCAAAGCUUAUGUCUGCUAGGCUAUACAAUCAAGUAGUCUAAGUUAAAAUAAGUUUGAGCUGCYAUAGCAUUUGCAUCUCUUACCUACUUCAUUUACAGGAUAAUAAUGAUAGUUCAAAUAUGCCCAUGUCAAAAAACAUAA